CCAGGCGCGGGGCCCGGCGUCCCCCCGACCUGCCCGGGCAUUGGCUCUGGAGCGGGCGGGCAGCUCUGGGACGGGACGGGAACUGGGAUAAAGCGCCGGGCACAGCCUCAGCCCUGCUGCAGCGGUGCCGACGGUGGCAUGAUGCUCCUUGGGGUGUGGCUUCUCGGCUGCCUGCUCUGCUACCUGCUCCUUUCUCUGCUCCAGCGGGGGCAUAGGGACACCGAUUGUGGGGACCUUGAGGAUGAAGGUCACUACCUGUACUUGGAUGAGGGUGGAUCUGGCCAGUGCUCUGCAGGACCACUGGUGGUGCUGGAGGAGCCAGCCCUCUGCCAGGACACCUACCAGGACUGGAUCAUCCUCUACUGCUGGACCCCCUUCCAUGCCACCCUCAUGGCCACCCCUGAGAGCAGCUGCUGCCACUGGGACCAGAUCAGCAGGUGGGUAGGUGUCAGCCCCAGCAGUGCUGGCUUGGAGCAGGGCUGCCACAAUGGCCACGUCCUAGUCCUGGCCCAUGGGCCUCACACAGCCCCUCUGCAGCACCUACAGAGACGAGGGAUUUCACAACCCAGCCCAGACAGGAUUAAAGAGAAAUACACAAGUAAACAAAAUAGCGGCCUCGUAAAACUGGACGUGCGGCGCGGGGAGCGGAGCCUCCGGGCCGUGGGUGAGGCGGGCGCCGGGUGCGGGAGCGAUGCCCGCGGGGGCCGGCACCGGCGGCGGGGUCCCCCCGGGAGAGCCGCUUUAAAGCCGAGCUGA